GUAGAACGAGACAAAUUUCUCGUUUUGUAAACAUUAAAAUAUUUUUUUGAAUGUAAACUUUUUUAAUCAUAAAUACUUAUUAACGUAAAUUAUUCUACAGCUAAUUUUUUCUUGUAUAUUGUUUAUUUUUAAAAAUGAUGCAAAUGUUAUCAUAAUAAAUAUAUUGUUAUUACAGAAAAUAAUUGUUUAUCAUUAAAAUGUCGAACAAUAAAGAAAAUAAAAGUGUUGAAACAAUCACAAGUGAUUUACCUGAAGCGAGUGUAUCUCAUGAAAUAAAUGAAGAGGAGAAAAAGGUGAAUGAAACUUUAAAAAAUCGUUUGAGGAAAUAUAUUAAAAAGUUGGAUGAAACAAAUACAAGUAUAACAAGAGAAGAGAGUGAAAAAGUAGAACUAGACACAUUCAAACAAUUGUACAAACCUAAACUGGAGGGAGAUAAAGAGACGUACAAGAAAAUACCCAAAUUCUACUUCAAAUUGCCUCGGCCUGAUGACGUUUUAGCACAGAAACUUAGAGAAGAAACAAGAGCACAAUUCUUACAGAAAAAAAGCAAAGAAUUAUUGGAUAAUAGUGAAUUAAAGCAUUUGUGGAGUCUACUUGAAAAAUCCAAUGGAAGUUACAGUAUGGCCAACAGUGAUGAAUUGACUAUAGAUUAUUUACAAUUUAAAAAAAUAAAAGAUGAGGCUGGCCCAAAAUAUAGGCCAUAUUUUACAGCGGAGGUAUUUGGUCGCUUGCAAGCCGCUGAAGGUGGUAUAGGUAGAGUUAGAGGAGUGUCUCUCUUCAACUAUGUGAUGCGUCGUGUAUGGUUACAGCAGACAAGGAUAGGUCUGUCUUUGUAUGAUGUGUCUGGACAGGGAUAUCUUACUGAACAUGACCUAGAAAGCUACAUAGCAGAAUUAGUACCAUCAUUAGCCGCACUUGAUGGUUUGGAUUCAUCAUUUACAUCAUUUUAUGUGUGCACAGCAGCUAGAAAGUUUCUUUUCUUCUUAGACCCUCUAAGAGUUGGUAGAGUUAGAAUCAGGGAUGUGCUCUCCUGCUCUUUCCUUGAUGAUUUGUUAGAGUUAAGAGAGGAAGAUCUACCGAUGGAGCUUCAAGAACAGAACUGGUUCAGUGCUGCGUCAGCUCUCCGUGUGUAUGGACAGUACCUUAAUUUAGAUCGGGAUCAUAAUGGCAUGCUGAGUAUCAACGAACUUGCUGGCUACGGGUCGGGUACGCUGACGCGCGCGUUCCUUCAACGCGUGUUCCAGCAGUGCCUCACGUACGACGGCGAGAUGGACUACAAGACCUACCUCGACCUCGUGCUGGCGCUGGAGAACCGGCGCCAGCCCGCCGCGCUCGCCUACCUGUUCCGAGUUCUGGACAUCAACUCGCAGGGCUACCUCGACGCCUUCACGCUCAACUACUUCUUCAAGGCAAUUCAAGAACAAAUGGUAGCCCAUGGAGCUGACCCUGUUAACUUCGACGACGUCAAAGACGAAAUAUUCGACAUGAUACGACCAGAACACCCCUCCCGCAUAACCCUCCAAGAUUUAAUCAGAAGUGGACACGGGCACACUGCUGUGUCGAUUUUGUUGGAACUUCACGGAUUUUGGGCGUACGAGAAUAGGGAGGCCCUUGCAGCAGCUGGAGACCAUUCUUGACAGGAAAAAAUGGAGUUUACUAAGAAGAUUGAUAUCAAUUUAAAAUAACCACUAAUAUCCCCU